UGAGUUUCAGAUUUCUUGCAGGAAACUCAUUGCGGAAAAGAAAAGGAGAAUGAAGCUAGUGGUAGAAGUGAUAGAUGCUCAUGAUCUUAUGCCUAAAGAUGGUGAAGGAUCAGCUAGUACUUAUGUAGAAGUUGAUUUCCAAAACCAGCUAAGCAAAACUAAAACUAUUCCUAAAAAUCUCAACCCUGUUUGGAACCAGAAACUUGUCUUUGAUCUAGACGAAACCAAAAGCCGGUACCAGCAAUCCAUUGAGGUCUCUGUUUACAACCAGAAGAGAUCGAUUCCCGGCCGAAACUUCCUGGGUAGAGUUAGAAUUCCUUGCUUAAAUAUUGUCAAGAAAGGGGAGGAAGUUUAUCAAACUUUCCCAUUGGAAAGGAAGUGGUUUUUCUCAUCUGUCAAAGGUGACAUUGGCCUGAAAAUUUACAUCACCCCAGAAUCCGAAACCAAAUCUCCUGCUUCACCUCCUAGUCCACCACAACCAACAGAUACCUCUGCUUUAAAUUAUCUUCCUCCUGUUAAUACUUGUAUUGCAGAAAAUACCAAUCUUGACUGCAAAACACUAGCUGCUCUUCCUAAAGCAGAAGCUGCUUCAGUUAAGACUAUCAAUGCUAUUGCAACAAAAUCUGAAAAGGAAAUUUCUACACUUGCUGUGAUAGAAAAUUCUACUCCUGUUGCAGUUCUUGAAUCCGGUGGCAUUACUUCUGUGAAAGAGCCAAACGAGGAUAGAAUCUAUAAGCACCAGGUUCUGCAGCAACCCAGCAUGUCAAGGGAGAGAAGGCCUCAAGGUGUCUUACACACAAUGCAUUCGACCAGUCAACCAGCGCAUCCUAGUGAAGAAGAUGACUACGCUUUGAAGGACACCAACCCUCAGCUCGGGGAAAGGUGGCCAGCUGGUGGAGCUUAUGGAGGAAGAGGAUGGAUGAAUGCUGAGAGAUAUGCAAGUACUUAUGACCUUGUCGAGCAGAUGUCCUAUCUCUAUGUUCGAGUAGUCAAGGCCAAAGAUCUUCCUCCUAGCGCAAUCACCGGAAGCUGUGAUCCUUAUGUGGAAGUAAAGCUGGGGAACUACAAAGGCAGAACAAAGCAUUUUGAGAAGAAGAUGAAUCCAGAGUGGAACCAGGUCUUCGCUUUCUCAAAAGACCGACUUCAAUCAUCAGUGCUAGAAGUUUUUGUUAAAGACAAAGAAAUGGUGGGAAGAGAUGAUUAUCUUGGAAGGGUGGUUUUUGACUUGAAUGAGAUUCCAACUAGAGUUCCACCUGACAGCCCACUGGCUCCUCAAUGGUAUAGACUCGAGGAUAGACGCGGAGAAGGGAAAGUGAGAGGAGAGAUCAUGCUUGCAGUUUGGAUGGGAACACAAGCUGAUGAGGCCUUUCCAGAAGCAUGGCAUGCAGAUGCUUCCUCAGUCUAUGGAGAGGGUGUUCUCAGCAUCCGAUCAAAAGUCUAUGUAUCGCCAAAAUUGUGGUACUUGAGGGUAAAUGUGAUUGAAGCUCAAGACAUUGUAGCAAAUGAUAGAAGCCGCAUCCCAGAAGUAUUUGUAAAAGCUCAGGUUGGAAAUCAAAUUCUGAAGACCAAGGUAAAUCCGAGUCGUACCACUAACCCACUGUGGAAUGAGGAUUUAGUGUUUGUAGCAGCUGAGCCUUUUGAGGAGCAGUUGUUGCUUACCGUUGAGGAUCGGAUACAUCCUACAAGAGACGACGUGUUAGGGAAGAUAAGCUUACCACUGAAUAUUUUUGAGAAAAGGCUUGAUCACAGACCAGUCCAUUCUCGUUGGUUCAAUUUAGAGAAAUUUGGAUUUGGUGUCCUAGAAGCUGACAGGAGAAGAGAACUUAAAUUUGCAAGCAGGAUUCACAUAAGAGUUUGUCUUGAAGGUGGAUACCAUGUACUAGAUGAAUCAACAAUGUACAUCAGUGAUCAAAGACCAACAGCAAGGCAGCUAUGGAAACAGCCUGUUGGGAUAUUGGAAGUAGGCAUCUUGAGUGCACAAGGUCUUCUUCCAAUGAAGAUGAAGGAUGGCAGAGGAAGUACAGAUGCUUAUUGUGUAGCUAAGUAUGGCCAGAAGUGGGUUCGAACUAGAACCAUUCUUGACACCUUCAAUCCAAAAUGGAACGAGCAAUACACCUGGGAAGUCUAUGAUCCCUGCACAGUUAUAACAUUAGGAGUUUUUGAUAACUGCCAUUUGGGAGGAAGUGAGAAACCAAAUGCUCCCAGUGCAGCUAGAGAUGCACGAAUCGGAAAGGUAAGAAUACGACUAUCAACCUUAGAAGCUUUUCGAAUUUACACACAUUCAUAUCCACUUCUUGUUCUGCACCCAAAUGGAGUGAAGAAAAUGGGUGAACUGCAACUCGCAUUUCGAUUCACCACCCUAUCUCUAGCUAAUAUGAUAUAUGUGUAUGGACAUCCUUUAUUGCCCAAAAUGCAUUACUUGCAUCCCUUCACAGUAAAUCAAGUUGAUAAUUUAAGGUAUCAAGCUAUGAGUAUUGUAGCGACGAGGCUUGGUCGAGCUGAACCACCAUUGAGAAAAGAGGUGGUGGAGUAUAUGUUAGAUGUGGAUUCCCACAUGUGGAGCAUGAGAAGAAGCAAAGCCAACUUCUUUAGAAUCAUGUCGCUUCUCUCGGGUAUGAUCUCCAUGAGCAGAUGGUUUGUUGAUGUUUGCCAAUGGAAGAAUCCGAUCACAUCAGUUCUGGUUCAUAUUUUGUUUUUAAUACUGAUAUGGUAUCCAGAGUUGAUAUUGCCGACUCUCUUUCUUUACAUGUUCCUCAUUGGAAUAUGGAACUAUAGAUUUCGGCCAAGGCAUCCACCUCACAUGGAUACAAAAUUGUCCUGGGCAGAAGCAGUGCACCCAGAUGAACUUGACGAGGAAUUCGACACAUUUCCAACUUCCAGACCCCAAGAUAUAGUUCGGAUGAGGUAUGAUAGGCUUAGAAGUGUUGCAGGUAGGAUCCAAACAGUAGUGGGUGACAUUGCAACACAAGGGGAGAGGUUGGGGUCUCUACUCAGCUGGAGGGACCCAAGAGCAACCAGUCUUUUUAUUAUGUUCUGUCUUUGUGCUGCUGUGGUGCUCUAUGUAACACCAUUUCGAGUGGUGGCUCUAGUUGCCGGUCUGUAUUAUCUACGACACCCUAGGUUUCGAAGCAAGCUACCUUCAGUGCCUGGUAAUUUCUUCAAGAGAUUGCCAGCCAGGACAGACAGCUUAUUAUAAUGUACUUCCUACUUUGUUGCCUGCUUUUUUUCAUUUCUCUAACCUAGAUACUGUGACUUCGUAAGUUUUAAAUAAAUGAUCUGUUUGAAAUUUUUUCCUUCAUCACCAUACAGCAGCGUAGAAAAGACGUGAAGCCUUCAUUCAUGUGAAAUUACACCUGGUUUAAUAGAUCAUAGAAGUCCAAUUUAAUAUGAGCUGUUGAUCAUGAUUUGUUACAGCAUUAAGGCCUGUUUGCUACAAAACCUUUACAAUAUGUAAUUUCAACAUUCACUGACAAUACAAGGCAUAACAAUCAACUACACCAAACCAAUCACAACAGACGAAGACAAAAUGACCAUAAACUAAGAAGAUUGUUUGCAAAAAAUCAUCAAAAUC